GAGUUGAGGAGUGCAACAGAGAAGAAUCACAUUCGCAUUCUCAAUCACAUCCAUUCAUUCACUCAUCCAUAUCCCUUCUUUCCACUAACUUCUCUCUCUAGUUGAUACAAAUAAAAAACAAAGUUUCAUACUUUACGACACCCUUUUCUGCAACUGAUGAUGGAAGGAAGCUGAAACAGUGAAAAACAGCAACAACGACCACCCUGUCUUUGUUUUUUGUUUUUUGUUUGUUGAGUUGAAACUUUAGAGAAAGUGAAUAGUGAUAUGGAGGCAAAGGGUGUGCGGUUCUUAGCGUAUCAAUCAAUAUUUUCGAGCGUUGGAUCUGGGGACUUCGAUGGGGUGAAGAAACUGGUGGAGGAAGUGAAGAAGGAAGAAGGGUCAUCGCUCUCUGAUGUGAUGUCUCUUCAGAACGAUGCUGGAGAGACUGCGCUAUACAUCGCUGCAGAGAAUAAUCUGCAAGAGAUGUUCAGCUUCUUGCUCAGCAUCUGUCACUUUGAGGUCGUCAAGAUUCGCUCCAAGGCUGAUAUGAACGCCUUUCAUGUUGCUGCCAAGCGUGGCAAUCUAGAUAUUGUGAGGGAGCUUUUGAAUAUUUGGCCUGAGGUCUGCAAGUUAUGUGACUCCUCAAACACCAGUCCUCUAUAUUCUGCUGCAGUUCAAGAUCACUUGGAUGUGGUGGAUGCUAUCUUGGAUGUCGAUGUCAGUUCCAUGUUCAUAGUUAGGAAAAACGGCAAAACUUCACUGCACAAUGCUGCUAGGUAUGGUGUCCAUCGUAUUGUAAAAACACUUAUUGCUCGGGAUCCAGGAAUAGUAUGCAUCAAAGAUAAAAAAGGUCAAACUGCACUGCAUAUGGCGGUUAAAGGACAGUGUACUUCAGUUGUGGAGGAGAUAUUACUAGCUGAUCCUUCUAUUUUGAAUGAGCGAGAUAAGAAGGGUAAUACAGCUCUUCACAUGGCUACAAGGAAAUGCCGUUCACAGAUAGUGGGCCUUUUGCUAAGCUAUUCUGCUGUGGAUGUUAAUGCCAUCAACAAGCAGCAGGAAACAGCCUUGGAUUUGGCAGAUAAACUGCCAUAUGGAGAUUCAGCUUUGGAAAUAAAGGAAGCCCUUGCAGAAUAUGGUGCUAAGCAUGCCAGGUAUGUUGGCAAAGAAGAUGACGCAAUGGAACUUAAAAGAACUGUUAGUGAUAUAAAGCAUGAGGUGCAGUCACAACUUAUACAAAAUGAAACGACACGACGACGGGUUUCUGGUAUUGCCAAGGAGUUGAAGAAACUUCAUAGAGAAGCAGUUCAAAACACCAUUAAUUCUGUCACAUUGGUUGCUGUACUUUUUGCCUCAAUAGCAUUCUUAGCCAUCUUCAAUUUGCCGGGUCAAUAUAUAACGGACGAAGGAAAAGAGAUUGGGAAAGCUAAAAUAGCCGAUCAUGUUAGUUUCCAAGUCUUCUGCCUUCUGAAUUCUACAUCUCUUUUCAUUUCUCUUGCCGUUGUUGUAGUUCAAAUUACUUUGGUAGCCUGGGACACAAGGGCUCAAAAGCAGAUUGUGUCGGUGGUUAACAAGUUGAUGUGGGCUGCAUGUGCUUGCACUUGUGGUGCUUUUCUAGCAAUAGCUUUUGAGGUUGUUGGAAAGAAAACAUGGAUGGCUAUCACCAUCACCCUUUUGGGGGUACCUGUUCUAGUUGGCACUCUAGCAAGCAUGUGCUACUUUGUUUUUCGACAACAUUUCGGCAUUUUCCGCAGUGAUUCCCAGAGACGCAUCAAGAGAGCAAGUGGAAGCAAAUCUUUCUCAUGGUCUUACUCUGCAAAUAUAUCAGAUUUGGAUGAAUACAAUUCUGACAUUGAGAAGAUCUAUGCCCUGUGAGUCAAGAAUCAAGAGAAAUGUUUCAACCUUUUAACUGAAACUGUUAUACUACUGCCAAGUGAUAAUGUUAGCUCACCGGGAUUUCAUCAUUCAUCUUGAGUUUGCAGUUUUUGGUUUCAGGCUGUAUGUGAUUAUAAUUAAUAAUCAAAACUUGUAGAUUUAUGUAUAUGUAAUAAAAAUAAUAUGAAAGGGAAGUCCACUACUUAAGUUUGAUAUUGGAAUGAGCAUUUUCAUUACAAUACGAAAUUAAAUUUUCA